AUGAAACCAAUUGAUGGACCCCCUGUAUCAGUUCGAGUUGAUCCCGCGCCAGGGUUCACCCCUCUUGUAUCAGAUCAAACACUACUGAAACUUGGAAUCUCACUCGAAGUCGGUAGAAUCAAAAACCCUAAUAAGAAUCCUGUAGCUGAGAGGGCUAUCCAAGAAUUACAGGAUGAGUUAUUACGUCAGGAACCUGGUGGUGGUCCUGUUACACCAUUGGGAUUGUCAAUAACUACGGCUCGUAUGAAUUCAAGAGUCCGGUCUCAUGGCUUAUCAGCUCAUGAACUAUGGAUCCAAAGAAGUCAAGUGACAAAUCAACAGAUUCCUAUCUCUGAUCGCGAAGUAAUUCUUUUUCAACAUUCUCGACGACUAGCAAAUCAUCCUUACAGCUUUAGAUCGAAGAAUCAUCGACGUCCCAACACUGUUGCUAAAGUUGGCGAUUUAGUUUACCUUACCUGUGAUGGCAUCAAAGACAAAGGUUGUGAACGAUACAUCGUCACAUCAACUGAUGACAAUUGGUUUUACAUCCGUAAAUUCCUUGGCGCUCAAUUACGAUCGUCCAUGCCACCUAGACGUUCAUACCACAAUGAUUCUAGUGAAGUAAGCGUGUACGAAGAUACGGAUCAUGAUAUACGCCUUACCGAUGCCGACCAGGUGUCAAAAGAUGCUGCUCCAAGUCAAGAUCAAUCUCUUCUUGUCGAAGAGCCUCCUAAGGUAGAUCCCCCGAUACCUCCAGAUAUUCCAGAGCUACUGAGUCAACCAGUUGAAGACGCUGAUACAGCUGCUGUCAUUCCUUCUUCGGAUCCGUUGUCAUCUCUCCCUACCCGACCCAAACGCAUAGUAAAGCGGCCUGCUUAUUUGAAUGACUAUCAGUGUGAUUAA